AUGCGCUCGCUUCCGCAUGCAUCGGCUUUUAGCCGCCAGCUUUUCGCGGUUCGGGGAGGAAGCGUGUGCGUCCCAGCGAGUUCUCCUGUGCCAGCUUCUAAGGUUCUUGCUUUUCCAAACCCAGAGGACAGUGCCCGAAGCCAGGGGACACCAGCCAUGCUCCAAACAACUUGGCCUCAGAGCUUGAGCUGGAACCUGUUGUUUCAGGAGUCCGUGACCUUUGAGGACGUGGCCGUGUACUUCACUGCGGAGGAAUGGGCCAGCCUGGCCCCCGCGCAGAGGGCCCUGUACAGGGAGGUGAUGCUGGACAACUACGCCAACGUGGCCGCCCUGGCAUUUCCAGCCCCGAAGCCGGAUCUCAUCUCCCAGCUGGAGAGCGGGAGCGCACCCUGGGGCCCCGAUCCUUGGGAGGCAGAGGAUUGGAGAGGCAUCUGUCCAGGUGACGAGUUCUGGAUCAGGGAGGAAGAGCCUGCUGUGAAGCAGGAAGCCUCCGGAGAAACAGAGCAACUCAGAGUGCCGGGAGGUGGACUCCGAAAUGUGUCUCAGCACCUUGAUUUUAAAAGCAAGGCCACGUGGCCAGGUUUCAGCCUGAAUCCGAGCCUGAUUCUUCGCGGGGGAAUGAAGUUCUAUGAGUGCAAAGAAUGUGGGAAAAUCUUCAGGUACAACUCCAGGCUCCUUCGGCAUCAGAUGAGCCACACCGGGGAGAAGCCCUUCAAAUGUAAGGAAUGUAGCAAAGCCUUCAAGUCCAGCUACGACUGCAUCAUACACGAGAAGAACCACGUCGGGGAAGGGCCCUACGAAUGCAAGGAGUGCGGCAAAGGCCUGAGCUCCAGCACCGCCUUGGCUCAGCAUCAGAGGAUCCACACGGGGGAGAAGCCCUACAAAUGCAAGGAGUGCGGCAAGGCCUUCCGCAGGAACGCAGCGUGCCUCCAGCACCAGCGGCUGCACACGGGGGAGAAACUCUACGAGUGCAAGGAAUGCUGGAAGGCCUUCGGCUGCCGGUCCGUUUUCACCGUCCACCAGAGGAUUCACACCGGGGAGAAGCCCUACCGGUGCCAGGAGUGUGGCAAGGCGUUCACGCAGAAGAUAGCCUCGGUUCAGCACCAGAGAGUUCACACGGGGGAGAGGCCGUAUGAGUGCAGGGUGUGCGGGAAAGCCUUCAGGUGGUACGGCAGUUUUGUGCAGCAUCGGAAACUGCACCCCGUGGAGAGAAAGCCGGGCCCGGCCAGUCCCCAGGGCGCCUCUUCAGCCUUGUCGCCGGGUCCUCCCGCUGUGGCCACGCCCUCACCGACCUAUCCGCAGGCCGUGCUCCUUCCUGCCUCGGGGCCUUUGCUCAUGCUGCUGCCCACAUCCGGGAUGCCUCCGCCCCCUGUCCAAAUAGUGCAGGUCUUCCAGGCCCUCGCUCCCAUUGUCAAGCCCUCCCCAGUCCAUCUCUCUUCUCGCGAGCUUCAUCUUGCAACGCCCGCGGCUCUCACGCCCAGCAAAACUCUCAUUUGA